CCCGUCAGUUUCCACCGCAAUGGACCGAGCAGCGUCGACGAGCGGCGCGAUGCGGUUCUCGUCUAGGAGAAAAACCCGCCCGUCGGGUGUCGUCCUGCUAUGCGUUUUCCUCUGCGUUUUUCACCUCGCCGACGCCGACGCGGAAAUUUACGACUGCAAAACCAAGGUGCGAAACGAGUGGAUCAAGUACUGCAUAUCCGGCUACGAAGUCAGGGCGAAGCGGCAGGUACCGGAAGUCCCGGCUGAUCCGCAGUUCCGUUUUGUAUCCCCGGUGUCGGGGGACGAUCUGGGCUUUGGAUUGAGCGACGAGGACAUGAAUCAGCUCUUCGAGGACUUGGCGGCUCGCAGUCCUCGGGCCGCCAAGAACAAGCAACAGUUCGUGAAGAUGAUGAACGGACUGGCGGCAAGGUGCUGCAGCGACAAUCUACGGAGGGAUUGCAUCGCUUCCGACAAUAUGAUAAAUUGCCCCUGAAUCGUCGGCAGGGCGGUAAUACGAUAUGCGGGAAACACGUGUCGCCUGGCCGAUGCUCUUCCAUUUCGCGCUCUCGUCUCACGCAUAGAAAAAUACAAAACAGCGUGAUAUGAGUGGGCGAUUUAACACCUUUUCUUUGUGAACAUCGCACGGCGUAUGUUUGAAAAUGGAACGAUUGUUGUUCUCUCACGCGUUUGUUCAACGACACCGCGGAUCGAUUACUCGAUUAUAUUACCUAUUGUACGACGUACACGUUAUACACCUACAACUUGCAUAUUUACACCUGUAUCUAUGUGUGCUUACUAUUAUAUUCACUGCAUACGCGUAUGUAAUAAUUACUUGCCUUGCAUCGAAUUUACACACGUUUUCAGACACUAUACAUAUAUAAUGUAUUUACCCAUCCGUUAGAGCUCGGUGGGCCAAGUGGAAACACCUGAAGGUGAAAGUCAUCCACCCUGUAUAUAUCUCAAGUGCGAUGAAUGUACCAUUGAAGGCAAAGAAAUCACUUCACAACGACAUUCUAUAAAUAAUCAAGUUUCUGUGGAUCCGUUUAUUUUAAAAAUGUGUUAAAAGUGAUAUAGGCUUGAGCUAAAAGUUGCGCACGAUAAAUUCGCAGAAUUCUUGGACGUUUGUCGACGGCGAUAUCAUGACCAACUAUCCUUGCCGUAAUUUUUCUUCAGUGUUGAACGAAACUCGAAAACUGGCAAGUGCCGUUUGUAAUCGUGUAUAACCGAAAUAUAUUGGCAUGUUGAUUUAGCUCCAGCGUUUUGAUCAAAUUUAUCUCAAUAUUCUCGAUCGCAAAAGCGAAAUGUUUUUGCAGUCAAGAAAAACAUGAAGCGUAAAAAUUCGAACUCAAUCGUGUCAUCGGUAAUCCUUUGAGCCUGAAAUCCACAAUUAUUAUCGAAUGGGAAUUAAAUGAAUCGUCGAUUAAGCGAAAGAUUGGUUUUAUUUUUAAAAAAUUACAUCACAAUAGAUUUCCCAAGUGGUUUGUCAAAUUCUCAAGUAAACACACCAUACACACACACACAAUGUAAUUUAUCGGAGAAUCGUGAUUUACAUUAACAUGAAUUAUUCUCCAUCUUAUACAUCAAUAAAAUAUUAAUCUUACACAACCGACGUAUGCGUUAUAGGUGUGUAUAAGAACACGGUAUAUCAUACGGAAUAUUUCAAUAGUCCUUAGUCGUGUGAUGUUUAAUCACAGUACAAAUAAUGUAUUACGCUACAGCCUAGCCUAGGUAAAAUAAUUUAAUGAGAUCAUUGGUUGAGUAGAGUAUCGAAGCGGGUAUAGCAUUG